AUGAGCGUAAUUAGCCUGCCUCCUUCGAGUCUUCAGUUGUUUUUAGUGUCGUUUAAUUGUUUGUUUGUACAUGAAGAAUCAUGAACGUCACAGACAGUAACGUGAUUCGCUUUCACCUCCAGGUCCUUCACGGCAUCACCGUGAGGAGCUUUGAGAGGAAGAAGGAGAGACUGUUAAUCGGCAGUUCAAAAAUCUUUGGUGUUCCUCUGGAAAAUGUCCCCAGGAACUACAUCCCUGAGUUUGGGCUCGUGCCCUGUUUUUUGGUGGACGCUUGCUCUUUUCUCCUGGAGCGAGCUGCGACCGUGGGACUGUUCAGAAAACCAGGCUCCAUUCCUCGCAUCAAAUCCCUCAGGAUUAAUCGAGUAAUCGCUUGGUCCAUCAAAUGUCAGAAAAUGUUGUUUCUCAUACCAAGAAAGUCUAAGUUGAACAGUGGAAACGGGAGUCUGUGUGGCGCACUCUCCUACGACGUGGCCACUCUGAUCAAACAGUUCUGCAGGGAACUGCCUGAGCCUCUGUUUCCCUCCGAGCUCCACGAGUCUCUGCUCAAAGCUCAGUCUCUGACCAGCGUGCAGGACAGGACGUCAGCCCUGCAGCUGCUGUCCUGCCUGUUACCGGCCAGAAACGCCUCCUGUCUGCACUACCUGUUCAACUUCCUGUCCAAAGUCUCCCAAAGAUGUUCAGAGAACCUGAUGACCAGCUCUAACCUUGCUACCGUCUUCGCUCCGUGUCUUUUGCCUCCGCCCAACAAGGCCGAGAUGUCUGAAGGACGACUGGAGCUCAGAGUCCUCGUCCUGGGCGCCUUCAUCGAAAAUCCUCACCUUUUUGGUGUGAUUCCCAAGGCUGUAAUGGACAGUGUGGAAUUCCUGUUGAACUUCAGUUGUCCGAAAAGCGCUCCUUCAAAGAAAGGACAAAGGAAAAGACAGAGUUUUAAAGUGAUCCGCUCUGUGAAGACCGCGCCCUGGAAUCAGGGCAAGUCAAAGGUCACGCCCACCGUCUCUGAGCCGAGUCAAGUGUCCACAUCAGGGGUCAAACAGACGCUCAGGAGAAGCGUCGGUUUGGCGACGUUCCCCAACGUUCUCCUCUUCAGGACAUGCACAGCAACAGAUGUGAUGGAUUGUUCCAGUCCCAUUGUCAAGGCCUCGAGGACUCCACAGGACAGACUGUUUAGACGAGAUGUGUACCUGGAUUAUUUCCACAGGUUAAGCCGAGGACGAGACUCUGCAGACGACCUGCCCGUCCUCGCAGCUGCAGGUAAACUGCAGCUCACGCCCUGGAGACGACGAUCGUCUCUGUAGUUUAACGAGAAAUCCCUGUGAUGAUGAUGAAACGUCCACUCAGAGUAUUUUAAUUUAAAGACAUGUUUAUAUUUAGACGCUGGCCUGGAGUGGUUUCUAGUGCCAGGUCAUAUAACGUGUAUUUUAACCUUUUACAUUUUCACAAAAACUUUUAUCAAGAUUUGACUUUUUUAUAUAUGUAAUAAUCAAAUGAAUAAAUAUUUAAACUUUUUUUUCCCCCUAAAUCUCUCUGCUGGAAACCAAAGCUCCAAACUAAUCAUCUAUAAAGACACAAUUAUUGAUUAUUUUAGAGUGCAGAUUGUGGAGCUUUUACUUUUUUACGAAAUUAAACUUUGCAGAACAAGUAAAACCAGGUUUCAAGUUUUCCCUGACCACAGAGUUCAAUAAAACCUUACUUUUAAUUGUUACAUCACUAAUGGUAAUAAUUAUGAUCAUAUUGAAAAGAUGUGGAACAAUUAACGAACAAAUUGCGUAAAUACCCCAGAGGUCACAACUUUAACUUUAAUGUCUCGUUCUUGAAUGAAUAGGUUUAUUUUUCAGUUUUUAUUCUGUUUUUAAAGUGAUUCAUGGUGCAUUUUCAGCAGUAGUUAUUGUGGACAUUCCUUAUUUCCUAAACGAAUAAAAUAAUUAAAUGUUAAUUAACUAUAUUAAGGGAUGAGCUGGUUGAUACCAUUCAGAAACGCUGAAUUUGACGUCGGAAAAAUAAAAUUAUUAAACCCAGAAUUGUCCUAAAAACCCUUAAUAUACAAAUAAUUUACUGUAGAACAGUAAAUAAAAAGCUGCAGCGCUGGCAUGACUCGGCUGAAUACACUUAUUACAGUUGCACCACACAAUCAAGACUCAAGCAUUUCAGCAAAAAUGAAAUAAAUAAAACAGCCACUUCAUUAGGUACACCUGUUCCUUUGCUUACCACAAAUGUCCAAAGAGCCAACCGACGUGGCAGCAACUGGGACUCAAAGUGAACAUCACAAUCAUGAUUUAAGUGACGUUAAAUGUGGCAUGGUUGUUGGAGACUGUGUAAAAAUGUCUAAAAAAAAAAUAUCCAGUGAGUGUCAGUUCUCUGGGGAAAAUGCUCAUUUUACCCUUAUCACAACCAAAAACCAUCUCUAAACACAUGAGUUGCAGCAGCAGCACCUGGUGCCACUUUGUCAUGUGUCCUGUGUACCUAAUAAAGUGGUCAUUAAGUGAA